CUCUAUCCCCUGGGUCCUCUCCGUCACACACCCAGAGAGACCCAGAGAGACAGACAGCAUGAGGCUCGGGCUGAUACUCCUGCUAGCCGGGCUAGCUACUGUGUUUGCUGCAGAGGAGUCAUGCAUGGAACGCUGUGAGAAUGGCUUCGACUCCAAGAAGGAUUGCCAGUGUGACACCAUGUGUCGGUACUACAAGAGCUGCUGCUCAGACUACGAGACCACCUGUCACAUGAAAACACGUGGGGACACCUUUGAAUUUGCAGAGGAUGAUGAUGGUCCAUUUACCCCUACAACGCCCGCCUUCCCGACCCAACCUGAAGACAGCGAAUACAGAACCUCAGGGGGCCAACAUAGGCAACCCACACGCAUCAGAACCCCCAACACCACCCCUACCCCUGCCAAAAUUGCCACAAAGAUAACCCCAGUCACAGAGCCAGCUAGAGGCGCAGCUCGAGGCCCACAGAGAGGCCAGGUCCCAGGGGUAGUCCCACUCCCGGAGGCAGCUAAAGCCACCAGGGCACCGUCAGCAACACAGGCAGGUAGAGGCUCAGAUAGAGGCCAGGUCCCAGCGGUAGUCCCACUCCCAGAGACAGCUAUAGCCACCGAGGCAACAUCAGUCCCACAGACAACCACAGAGGAAGUGGUGACGACCACCAAGGCUCCGGUAGUAGACCCAGAUGCUGAGCCAUGCAGCAGCAGGCCCUGGGACUCCCUAAUGCAGCUCAAGAACGGCUCUGUCUACGCAUUCAGAGGGGAGUGGUUCUUUGAGCUGGAUGAGAAGUCGGUGAUGCCCGGCUACCCCAAACUGAUCCAGGACAUCUGGGGUAUCAGAGGGCCUAUAGAUGCUGCCUUUACACGUAUCAACUGCCAGGGCAAGACAUACAUGUUCAAGGGUAACAAGUACUGGCGUUUUGAUGAUGGUGUGCUGGAGGCGGACUAUCCCAGGGAUAUCAACGUGGGCUUUGAGAAGAUACCAGACGACGUGGACGCAGCCUUCGCCAUAGCAGCCCCUGGACACCACAGCAAAGAGAAGGUCUACUUCUUCAAAGGUGACCAGUACUACCAGUAUGAGUUCAAGCACCAGCCAUCACAUGAGGAGUGUAUCAAGAUGGCAGCUGGGUCUCCCUCCGCUCUGUUCACAGCCUACACUGACAUCUACCACAACAACUGGGAGGAACUCUUCAACAUGCUCUUCAGAGGCAUCCCCAACCACCAUGGUGGGCAUCGGUUCAUCAACAAGGACUGGAUAGGCAUCAAGGCCCCAGUGGACGCUGUCAUGACAGGGAGACUCUACAUCACCCCCAGGCCACUGGCCCCACCCCUGUUCCCACCCGUACCCCCUUUACGGGACCACAACGACGGGAGGCGCCAGCCAUGGGACCAACAGAGGGGGCAGUAUGGUCAACAGGAUCAGUUAAAUGGACAGCAAAAUGGACAACAAUAUGGACAACAAGGGCAACAAUAUGGACAGCAGUGGGAACAGCAGUGGGACCACCGCAGAAGUAGGCGCCAGUCUUACUGGGGUGCCGGGACGGGAAUGGCUAUGGGGCAGGCGUUCGCAGAGAAGGGGAUGGAUAUGGGGAAACGAUUCGCUGAGAAGGGUAUGGAUCUCGGUCGGAAGCUGUCGGAAAGGAGGAUGGCUAUGGAGGGGAUGUUUGGAGGGUGGGACAUGCGCCGAACGGAUGCCAGGGAUGAAGACAGAGACAGGGAUAGGAGGAGGGAUGACCAGGACAGGAGGAGGGAUGACCAGGACAGAAGAGAUGGAUACAACUAUGCCUCCAGAUACAACGCUGAGGGGAGGGCCUACUGGGAGUUUGUCAACAAGGGCCAGCCAGUGCAGAGCGUCUACUUCUUCAAGGGAGAUAAAUACUACAGAGUGGAUCUGAAGACCAAGAAAGUGGACCCAGCCAGCCCUCCUUACCCCAGGUCCAUUGGCAAGUACUGGCUGGGCUGCCCUGAAAAACACCUGGAGGCCGAGAAGAAAUAGUUUCACAACUGGAUAAAGAAACAUAUGCAGUAUGUCAAAACAUGUUUUACAUCAAAGACUCAAAUAGACAGCAAUUUUUUAGCUGGAUAAUUAGAAGAAUCACUUGAAAAAUGAAAGGAGCUCCGAUGCAAUACUUUAAUAACCUCAUAUCCAACAUUUCGAUAGACAAGCUGAUACCCUGAUGAAGACAGCUUGUCUGUCGAAGCGUUGGAUAUUAGGUUAUUAAAGUAUUGCAUCGGAGCUCCUAGAGUGUGCGGCUCUCCUUUAAUUUUUCAAGUGUUCUACUCCGCUAGCCAGCACCUCGCCUAAAUAGGUGUGUGUUUCUUUCGCCUCUAAAUUAGAAGAAUCACUUCACAAAAAUGUUCUGUUAUGAGGACAUUUCUCUUUGUACCUGGAAUACUUGUGUGUAAUACUUUUAUAAUUAAACAUUUUCUAGCUGUAAA